UGGGCGGGGAAAAAAUAUAUAAAAAUAGAUUUACAAGACAGCGAAACGAUUCGCGUUGAUUUUUUGAAAUUUUCCAGACCAACGAAUUUCUUACACGUCUGUUUUAAUUGAAAACACUAUCUUUAAGUAUGGUCUCUCUGCGUUUUUGUUGUAGUGGUUAAAGUUGAUUCUUCCCGACAAGCUCCUAAUAAUAUUUAUAUCAGAUGAUGUUCACUACAAUCAUUAUUGAUGGGUUUUGUCGUUUCGUUUUAGAUCGUUUACACCUCUUGCUUUUUCGAAAUCAAAUUGUGAUAUCACAAACAUGUUUGAGAUCCAUUGUAAUUAAAAAAAUCAAUGCACAGAUCGUCAUCAAAGUAUUUGGACACGUUCCCGCGUAGUAUUAAAAAAAAUUAGGAUAUGAUAGCUAAAGUUGUGAAGUUCAACCAAUGGACACAGAUAAUCUAAGCAAAAUUGUCAGCAUUUGUGUUUGAUCUCGACUCAAUUAUUAUUUUAUCUACAUUGUGUAACUGUGCAAGAAACUAACAGUGAUGAUAAAGCAGCACAUGUUAUCCCACGCACAAUUAAGAUUUGUUAAAAUAGCCGACGCCUUCUGGUUUUAGUCUCUCUAGCGAACUAGUCAGUUAUAUGUGAUGUCACUUAACUACUUAUUUAUUGUUGUUUGAUCUCAAUGGUGCGGCACAGUUUCAGUUAAGCAACUGAAAAAUCUGCAUUCAUUCAAUCUCCACAGCUGAAAAAGAUGAGCAAAGACAGAUUGUUGUUUUUAGGCAGCACAGAAAGCAUUGAUGAGGAGAGCAGCAGCUGCUCGUGUUUCACCUCAGCGCGCUACAGAUUGAUGCAGCACUUGCGCGAUUCUUGUGAUUUCGCCAACAAGGCGUUGGAGAUGGGGCGGAAAGAUCCAAGAAAAGUGGUGUAUGCUCUCAAGAUGGGCUUUGCAUUGGCCCUUGUUUCAUUGCUGAUAUUCUGGGAAAUGCCUAUUGAAGAUGUGUCCCAGUAUUCGAUCUGGGCUAUCCUAACUGUGAUUGUGAUGUUCGAGUUCAGUAUAGGGGCGACGUUCAUCAAAGGAUUCAACCGCGGAUUAGGCACGUUUUUUGCUGGAAUGCUUGCCUUCCUCUUUGCAGGGCUAUCAAUCUUAGCUGGACCAUGGGAAAAAAUUGUGAUUGUUAUAAGUUUCUUCAUCACUGGCUAUUGUGCAUCGUACUUGAGGCUUUACCCAACAAUGGCGCCAUACGACUAUGGAUACCGCGUUUUUGUGCUGACGUUCUGCAUCCUAAUGGUGGCAGGGAACAGAAAUGGGGGAUAUGUAGUGGCAAUUCUGACUAGAUUGGUGCUGAUUGCUCUUGGUGCUGCCACUUGCUUCAUCAUCAACAUCUGUGUCUACCCUAUCUGGUCCGGAGACGAUCUGCACCGCCUCGUGGUGAAUAAUUUCAGAGAGCUUGCUACAUCUUUGGAAGGUUGUGUGAAUGGCUACUUGAAGAGUGUUAACUAUGAAAGAACAAGCAGUCGGUUCAUGGCUCCAGCGUCGAGUGAUCAGAUCUACCUUGGCUACAAAUCAGUCAUAGAAUCUGAAAGCAGAGAGAAAACCUUGUUAGGCUUUGCUAUAUGGGAGCCGCCUCACGGGCGCUACAGGAAGUUUGAGUAUCCGUGGAGGACGUAUGUGAAGGCAAGCAACGCGGUUAGGCACUGUGCUUACACCGUGAUGGCACUCCAUGGAUGCAUUAUGUCUGAAAUUCAGGCGCCACCAGAGAAACGGAGGGUGUUCCGAGGCCAGCUCCAGCAGGUGAGCGCAGAGGGAGCAAGGGUUCUACGUGAGUUGGGAAGCAAGAUAGAGAAGAUGGAGAAGCUAGGAGCAUUCAAGAACAUUCUAGAACAAGUGCACGAGGCAGCUGAGCAGCUGCAGAAGAAGAUAGACCAGAGAUCAUUCCUCCUUGUGAACUCUGAGAGCUGGGAGGUUGGCAGCCUCAGGAAGGAUCUAGAAGAUCUUGAUGAUGUUCCACAACAACAUCUUGGCCUAAAAUCUUUGAGUGAGACUGCAAUUUACAUACAAAAGCCUCGAAUGCGGCUGCCUGCAGACAAGGACUUGCAGCCUAAGCAGAAUGUGAGGAGGCUUGUGCCAUGGCCUUCCUCAUUUUGUUUGGAAGGUGGUGAUGGAUUGAUGAUCGGAGACGAUGAGGUGAAGACUUAUGAGAGCGCGAGCGCCUUGUCACUUGCCACGUUUGCGUCGCUUCUGAUUGAGUUUGUGGCGAGGCUGCAGAUGGUGGUGGACUGCUUUGAGGAGCUGAGUGAGGAGGCAGAUUUCAGAGAUCCUGAUAUCAUUGUUCUAACAGAAUGUGGAGGAGACCUUUGGACAAGGCUAGUCAGGAGUUUGAGGUUCAAGAAGUGAUUCAUUCCAUUCUAUACUUUUGGCUGCAAAACUUUUUUGCUUCAAGACUUUGAUCUUCAGUCAACUCACUUGUUGUGUUGGAGUUUGAUUUUUGAAUCAAUAAGUAUCAAGAAUUGCCUGUCCUCAUUGUUUGUGGAUUGCCAUAAAAUGUAUAUUUUGUCACUUCUUGUAAUAUAAACAUAUAAUAACGCCUUUUGGGAUAUUA